AACAUGUUUCAAACAUAAAAACCAUAUUUUAAUCAAGAUUUAUACACAAAUUAUUGUUUAAAAGUGACAUAAACUAUAUGUUUACAAUUAUGUUCGGUAUUGGAGGAUUUCUCAACAAUUUGUGGUGGGGAGGAAACCCAGAUGAGUUGCAUCCGAUUACAGGUCUCUCCCGUCGUGACGUGUACGCCGUGCAACGCUCAUGGUCUCGGAUCUACUCAGACCCUGGCAAAUAUGGACUAAUGUUGUUCAUCAAGCUAUUCAGAGCAGAUCCUGAAACAAAAUCAUUCUUCAAAACCAUCCGAAAUAUGGGAGAAGAGGAACUUUCUAACAGUUUUCAGUUCAGAGCUCACGCAAUCAAUUUGAUGACCUCCAUUAACGCUGCGGUUGUCAGCCUCCAUCAGCCUGAGGUAGUGAUUAUACUCAUGAAUAAAUUGGGCGAAUCCCACCAUAAGAGACAUGUGGAAGCAAAACAUUUUGAGGAGGUGAAGGCCGUGUUAGUAGAUAUAUUGAAGACAGAAUUGAAAGCUAACCAAUCCCUCAUAGAGUCAUGGGGAAAAUUUGUGGAUUUUAUUUACAAACAUAUAUUUGAGAAAUUAUGCGAUGAACCAGACUGACAUUGUGUGCAAACUAAAUUAUAUAGAGUACAUAGAUGCUGUGAUGUGUUUUAGUUUUACUUAAGAAACAUACAAGUAAUAUAAUAUAAAGCACGAGAAAGAAAUGAAAAUAGAUUAUUUAAGAACAAAACCAAACGUAGAAAAUAAACUAUUUUAUAUUUAAUUAGUUUCAUUAAAAAACGAAUUUCGUCAAUUGUACUAAAUAUAUUUUAAAGGACAAUCAAUUAUUUGUA